GCGGAGCCGUCCGCGCGCUUCGUGGAGGGCUCCAUCGUCCGCAUCUUCAUGGAGAACUUCCUAACAUAUGACAGCUGUGAAGUACAUCCAGGACCCAAUUUGAACAUGAUCGUAGGUGCUAAUGGAACAGGAAAAUCGAGCAUUGUUUGUGCCAUCUGCCUGGGCCUUGCUGGAAAACCUUCUUUUAUAGGGCGAGCUGAUAAGGUUGGCCUCUUUGUAAAGCGUGGGUGCUUGAAAGGUCUAGUAGAAAUUGAACUGUUCCAGCCACGUAGCAAUAUAAUUAUCACACGGGAAAUUCAAGUGGUGAACAACACAUCAACAUGGUUCAUCAACAGAAAGCCGUCAACCUUGAAAGCAGUAGAAGAACAAAUUACAGCCUUAAAUAUCCAAGUGGGCAAUUUAUGCCAAUUUCUUCCACAGGACAAAGUUGGAGAAUUUGCAAAACUGAGUAAGAUUGAAUUGCUUGAAGCCACUGAAAAAUCUAUUGGUCCUCCAGAAAUGUAUCAAUUUCACUGUGAACUUAAGAACUUCAGGGAAAAAGAAAGAGAACUCGAGAACUUGUGCAAAGAGAAAAGUAAUUCUUUGGAGAAAAUGAGACAAAGGAUUGAGCGAUACAAACAAGAUGUUGAGAGGUACCAUGAACGCAAGCGUCAUCUUGACUUAAUUGAGAUGCUUGAGAGGAAAAGGCCUUGGGUGGAAUAUGAAAAUGUUCGUCAGCAGCAUGAAGAAGUGAAACAAAGUCGUGAUCAGGCUAAGGAAGAACUAAAGAAUCUGAAAGAAAUGCAGGCUCCAGUGGCGAAAAAGAUUCAAGAAAUUGAGGAACGUUACAAAAGUCUUGAUAUGAAAAUUAGAGAUAAGGCUGCUGAAAUCAAAGACACUUCCCAAAAAUGUAAACAAAAGCAAGAUGCUUUGGAGAAGAAAGAUAAACAUAUUGAAGAAAUUAAUCAAGCUUUGAGAAUGAAAAAAGAUGAAGAAAUGGACAGACAGAAAAAAAUACACAACACACGUAAGAUGAUAGAGGACUGGCAGAGUGAGCUCUCAACCAUGGUCUCUGAAAAUCUUCAGCCACAAAUUGAUGCUGUUAACAAAGAGCUGAAACAUUUGCAAGAAGAAAGGGCAAAUAUUGAUAGUGAUGUUAGUGAUCUAAGAACAGAGAAAAAUAACCAAGACAUGGAAAGGAAAAGAAUAGCUGAUUGCAUUGUAGAACUUGAUAAUGUAAUGAACAUGAAGGAAGAGAAGCUCAAAGGGAAAUUCCGAGACACCCACUCUGCUCUUAUGUGGCUAAGGAAGAACACUGACAAGUUCAGAAGAAAAGUUUGUGAACCCAUGAUGCUUGAAAUCAACAUGAAAGACAACAGACAUGCUAAAUAUGUUGAAAAUCAUAUUUCUUCAAAUGACAUGAGGGCUUUUGUUUUUGAGAUCCAAGAAGAUAUGGAAAGAUUUCUUCUUGAGAUGCGCGAUCAUCGGAAGCUGAAAGUGAAUGCUGUGUGUGCACCUGCUGAGUCAUUUGCUGAAGCCAAGCCUUCAAGACCUAUUGAAGAACUACACCGAUAUGGAUUUUUCUCAUACUUACGAGAGUUAUUUGAUGCUCCUCGUCCUGUGAUGAGUUAUCUUUGCUUCCAGUAUCGUGUUCAUGAUGUCCCUGUUGGCACAGAGAAGACCAGGAACAUGAUUGAAAGGGUCAUACAUGAAACCAAAUUUAGGCAAAUCUAUACAGCAGAGGAAAAAUACAUUGUUAAAGUAUCUGCUUAUACAAACCAAACUCUCUCUAGCAAUACAUCCCUGAAGGCAGCACAGUUUCUCACUAUUUCAGUGGAUACAGAUGAAAGAAGACAAUUGGAAAGCCAGCAACAGGAAAUUAAGAAUAUCCUGCAGUCAUUGGAUGUGCAGUUGACUACAUUGUUUGAAAGGCAGAAACAUGUGGAACGAAGAGACAAUGAACUUAGACAACAGAAGAAGGAGCUUUUAGAGAGAGGAAACAAAAGAAGACAGUUAGAAUCAAAAAUUGCUGUGAAGCAUGACAGUUUAAGAGAGAUGGAGCAAGAUGCUAUCAAUCUAGAAGAUGAGUCUCAGAAAGCAAAUAUGCAGAUCAAAGAAAUAAAUGCCCAGAAAGCAAGGCUUGUUACAGAAUUAAUGCAUCUCAUAAAGGACUGCGUAUCACUGAACAUCAUCAAAGCAGACUUAGUUCUUCAGAGCGCUUCAGUGGCUGCUGAGAAGAACAGACUAGAAUUAGAGUAUAAAGCAGCAAAUGUACAACUGAGAGCUUCAGAGCAACGUUUUCGUGAUCUGGAUGAGAGAAAGCGUGUGCUUAUGGAGAACUGCAGGGAACUGCUGAAAAAGGCUCGACAGGUGUGCAAGCUGACUCCAGACCAACAUCUCCCAAAGGAAUUUCAAACUGCUUUUCAGGCUCUUCCGAACUCAUUGGAGGAAAUUGAUGCUUUCCUGAAUGAGGAGAAAUCCAGGGCCUCCUGUUUCACAGGCCUGAAUGCUUCAGUUGUUGAAGAAUACAGUAAGAGGACACAAGAAGUACAACAGCUGACGGAAGAACUAGAGGAAAAGAAAAAUAUAUUGGAAAACUAUAAACAAAAUAUCUCACAGGUCAAAGAAAAAUGGCUAAGGCCUUUGAAAAACCUGGUUGAGCAAAUCAAUGAGAAGUUCAGUAACUUUUUUAGUUCCAUGCAGUGUGCUGGUGAAGUUGACCUUCAUGUAGAAAAUGAGGAAGAAUAUGACAAAUAUGGGAUUCGCAUUAGAGUCAAAUUUCGUAGUAGUACUGAGCUCCACGAAUUGACUCCAUAUCACCAGAGUGGAGGUGAGAAAAGUGUUUCAACUAUGUUGUACCUGAUGGCUCUGCAGGAACUCAACAGAUGUCCUUUCAGGGUUGUAGAUGAAAUAAAUCAGGGAAUGGAUCCAGUCAAUGAGAGAAGAGUUUUUGAAAUGGUUGUGAAAACUGCUUGUAAAGAAAGCACAUCUCAGUACUUCUUUAUUACACCAAAGCUUCUGCAGAAUCUAACUUACAAUAACAAGAUGACAGUGUUGUUUGUCUACAAUGGACCUUUUAUGAUGGAAACAAGUAAAUGGAACUUAAAGGCUUUCUGCAGGCGACGGCGGCGAGUUGGAAGGAUGGACGAACAAUGAUAGACAUUUGUGUGUGUGUGUGUGUGUGUAUAUGUGUGUGUGUGUGUGUGUGUAUAAUCUUUUGGUAGAACCUUUCUGGAAUACUUGGCAUUUGGGACUUGAAAAUUGUAAAAGAUGAGAACCUAUGAAGAACAGAUGAUUAACAGCUUUGGUUCUUGCGUAAAAUGUAAAAAAAUGAUAUGUGUGGUUUUUUUCCCAAAUCUUUUUCAGUGACCUUUCUCCAAAGAAACUGCUUGUCCUCAGCAGUAAUUUUAAAUAAAAAGGUUGUUUUUUCUAUCUUAUCAGUAAGGGCUCUAAGCAUGUAACAUCAGGAAGAUUGUUGUUUUUUCUAGAUUACUUUAGGCUAAUUCUUGGACCAUUAGUUUGUUUGUUUGUUUGUUUGUUUGUUUUCCCCAGAAAAUUGAAUUUACUUUUGGUAAAAAGUCCUAACUCAGAGAGUUAAAAGCAUAUUGCAAACUUUUCCUAUUGAAAAAGAAACUGUCUAAAUGAGUGAGUGAUGUGUAGGACCAGACUGGUUUUUAAGUAACCGUUCUUUCUUUGUUUCUUCUGUAAAAAUAUAAAGAAUAUACUAUUUUAUAGUAAAGUACUUUAUUAUUGUUGCUUAUUUUGGAGCUAGUGCUCCUAUUUCUAUUCCUGGGAGAUUUUUUCCUCCCCUUGCCUCCUCCCCACAGCACAAAACAUAGGAGCUAGGAUUUUUCUGGAAGAAGGGAGAUAGCUUGUAGAAAUAAAGCUAAGCAAUAUGUAACCUUAUCUAUAUAUAUAAAUAAGAGCUGGUAUGUU